AUGCAAGACCCAGCAAUCGAAAUCGACGUGGACCUUGAGGUCCAAGAGAUCCUCCUUGCCGCCUCGCAGCACGACAUCCCCAAACUCCGCCGCCUUAUCCGCUCUGGAGAAGCAGCUGGAAACAACCCCGCCAACGUCAAAGACCCCGAGACAGGCUACUCGCCACUGCACUCGGCCAUUGCAGCUUGCGAGGCCGAUGACGACGAGGUUGUACCGAAUGGCGAGCCGAACGGCGUACACGCGAACGGAGACCAGACUACUAGUGAGCAUGAGAGCACCGUUCAGUCGGGCGUGGCUACUGUGAAAUUUCUCCUGCAGGAGGGUGCUAUCUGGAAUGACUUGGAUUUGAAUGAUGAGACGCCGGGGUGUCUUGCUCGGAGGCUGGGUUUGACGGAGCUGUAUGAAAUGAUUGUGGAUGCUGGUGUGCGGGCGGAGUUAUUGUUGAACAGAUUGGAUGGGUACGAGGAGCUGUCGGAUGGGGAUGACGAUGAGGAGGAGGCUCAGCAGGAGUCUACUGAUGCUGCACCCACAACCGAGGAAGAGUCUGUUCCUCAAUUAGUCGACGCCACAGCUACAGCUACAGCGACCACGACAGAAGCAGCAGGUCCGAACGUCACAAGCUCACGGUAUCUGACCUCAGACUUGACAUUCCAGCAAGAUCGACUACUGGACCAAGACCAGAAUGGAGUAAUGAUGGCGUGGGAAUCAGACAUCAUGCUCAAAUCCGCCAAACAACUCCUCCCCAUCCCGGGGCUCCGCGUCCUAAACGUCGGACACGGAAUGGGCAUUGUCGACGGAUUCCUCCAGGACCAGUACCCCUCUUCACAUCACAUCAUUGAGGCACACCCCGACGUUGUUGCAGAGAUGAAGCGGAAAGGCUGGCAUGAAAAACCCGGUGUUGUCAUUCACGAAGGCAAAUGGCAAGACAUUCUCCCUGACCUGGUGGCGCAGGGUGAGAUGUUCGAUGCCAUCUACUACGAUACAUUCGCCGAGUCCUAUGCGGACUUCCGGGAAUUCUUCACAGAGCAGGUUAUCGGUCUGCUCGAGCAAGAAGGAAAGUGGAGUUUCUUCAACGGCAUGGGGGCCGAUCGACAGAUCAGCUAUGAUGUCUACCAGAAGGUCGUGGAGAUUGAUAUCUUCGAGGCUGGGUUCGAUGUUGAGUGGGAGGACAUUGCAGUUCCCUCGCUGGAGGGAGAGUGGAACGGAGUCCGUCGGCCUUACUGGAGCAUAGACAAUUAUCGACUCCCUCUGUGCAAGUACAUGGAUUGA